CGCAUCUCGUAUUCUAGCCCUCUACAACAGCUCCAACGGUGAUUUCACUCCCUCCGGUUAUAGGCUAAAGCGCGUUCUAUACUCGUCUCGUGCCUGUGCCUGGCUGCAAUCGACUUCGCUUGACUCGCAGCCUUCAACCUCACAACCUUACCUUCUCGUGCACUCGGCCGCACGUGGAUAUCCCCCACGUACUCCAAUCUUCGUCGACGAGCAUGAAAUUCUUCCACCGCAAUGUCCAGCCUUGGGAAGUCGUUGAUCAACAAGCGGUGGACACUGUCCCCAUAUUCACGGAAGAGGAGCAAGAAGAUCUUAACGUCGUCAAAGUUUAUGACGCGACCAUGAGUGGCGUCUACGACUUCGAGCUGAAGAAGGCCUCGAAUCUGAAGGACGCCGUAGUCUUCGCGCGACAAACACUCAUGGAAGAUGCCGCAGAAAAGGGAUACAAUGUCUUCUUGACGGAGGGUUGGAAAGUCACACAUCUACGUCGAGGCAAGCAAGAGCGCGCUGAGGUCCGCUACUGGGGACGGCCUGCCUGCGUACAGGGGACGGUCCCGCGAGCACAGACGCCCCCCUUCUUGACAAUGCUGGAUGACCGACCAGGUAGACCAUAGAUCCGCGAUGCCUUCAUCGAGGUAGACAACGAGGGCGCUUCUAUGCACAUUGGGAUAUGGUUAGCAGCCGUGUAGGACCUUUUGUACAAUCAACAUGUAGACACACUUGACCGCACGACACGGAUGGCUUUGCGUGUACGAGUCUGAACAUGAUUAUAUC